ACUCCAAGCUCAGACCCAACGAAUCUGAAAACCCUAGUAAUCUUUAGAGAGAGAGAGAGUUAGAGAGAAAAAAUGGCAAAGUUGUACCUGUUGUACAUUGUGGUUGCACUAGUACUACUAGUACAUGCCACAGCAAGGAAUGUUCCUAGUACUACUACCACCACAGCACCCAACAAUGUUGAUCCCAAUCAUGACCAAAACAAUGUACAAAAUGUACCUAAGGCCACUGCGCCUAGCGGUGCUGGCCUCGAUGACCAGAAGAACUUCAUCACGUACGGCGGCAUUGGUGGAUUCGGCGGUGUUGGUGGCUACGCUGGGGUGCUGCCGAUUGGCGGCAUUGGCAUUGGGGGACUCGGCGGCUCAGGUGGGGUCGGUGGUGCAAGCGGGCUAGGUGGACUCGGCGGCUUGGGUGGCUUAGGCGGUGGAGUCGGUGGUGCCGGUGGUGUUGGUGGUAUAAUACCUUAGAUUAAUAAUUGUUGUCACGUCUCAACUUAAUUUCUCCAUAUUGCGUGGAUUGAUGAUGUUUGUCCAAGGGUCUUAGUAUUUUUAGUAAGUUGUGGUUGUUACGUACGUACUAUGGUUGGUUGGCUGUGUUUUGUUGUGUUAUGUUUUAAGGCUUUAUUAGUAGGGCUUUGGUGUAUCGUGUUUUGUGCCGAAACUAUUUUGUAUCUCGCUCAUGUUCUUGUUUAAUGUAUCAAAUGUUCACUUUUUAAAAUCUUUUUGGGCA